AUGACCAACGGUCCUCUACAACCUCUUCGCCGUGGUGCCUUUAUCCUUCUCGAGGGGUGCGAUCGAUCCGGGAAAAGCACGCAAGCUGCGAAACUUGUUCGACAGUUAAAAGCUCGAGGAUGUCGAGUUGAGCACAUGAGAUUUCCUGACAGGACAACGCCAAUCGGAAAGAUGAUAGACGCGUAUCUAAAGUCGACACAGGAAUUGGAUGACCAUGCUGGCAACGAUGAAAAAAUAUUUGUCAAGGUAAAAGUUCCGAGUUCAUUUACUUCUCGAUUUUCUGUUCGUCUAAAAUUAGUUUGCUCUGCCAGUGGUACAUCAAUAGUUGUAGAAAGAUAUGCUUAUUCCGGUAUUGCAUUUUCGGCAGCCAAGGGUCUAGACUUUUCUUGGUGUAAAUCAUCAGAUGUAGGUCUCCUUGCUCCAGAUAUCACGCUUUUCCUGGAUUUACCCAUCUGCGAGGCAGGAAAGAGAGCAGGUUUUGGCGACGAAAGGUAUGAGAAGGAAGAUUUCCAAAGGAACGUUAGAAGUCAAUUUCUGGAUAUGAAACAUGAUGAUAUGAAAAUUAUAGACGCUCGAAAGACUAUAGAUGAGAUCCAUAGAGAACUUGUGGCAAUUGCCAUUGAAACUAUUAAAAAAUGCGCCACGUUGCCGCUCAAAGACUUGUGGAAGUCUGAUGACUAA